CGGAACAUUCGGGUCAGUCGAUUUGUUCCGAAGACGGAGAGGAUGUUACGUCACAAUAUUUCCGCAACGCGUCGGGUUUUCCCUGGGAAGAUGGCGACCGUUACAGCAGUCACCUCAGAAUGGAUCCAGUUCUUCAAAGAUGCUGGGAUCCCUCCUGGACUGGCUGUCAACUACGCUGUGUCAUUUGUUGAUAACAGGAUUCAGAAAAGCAUGCUCAUGGAACUCAGUAAGGAAAUAAUGAUGGACUUGGGAAUCACAGUCAUUGGGGACAUCAUAGCCAUUCUCAAACAUGCAAAGCAUGUGUAUAGACAGGGUAUGUGUAAAAUGACAACUGAGGCCAUUUCGUCUGGACAGACUAGUGUACAGGCUGAACUGAGACGUACUGCUAACACUCCUGCCACACGCAUGAUCGCCAGUGCUCUGAGCCGGGACUCCCCACCAAGUACGCCUGCCCGGCACCCUGACAACAGAAUUUCAGUAACGGUCUCCAACGCCAGUGCUAAAACAGUGCCUAGCAAGCCAGCAGAUGAAAAUGGGUUGCAAGUGAAGCGCCGGCGAGUCACAAGAGAAAUGGAGGGGAAAUAUAUCAUUAACAUGCCAAAAGGCACAACAGCUCGCACUCGGCGCAUCCUGGCACAGCAGGCCAAGAAAGCUAAGGUUUUAAAGCGUACUUCAGUGUUUGAUAGACUUGGUGCAGAGUCUAAGGCAGACACCACCUCAGCCAAUAAGCAGCCAACAGGUGUGUUUAGCCGACUGGGUGAAGCAGAGGAAGAUGAAGAGGGUGGAGAAAAGACUGAUGGUGUUGCAGACGUCUUCGAGGACAAUGACAGCGACGGUGAGGGCUCAGUGCUGCAGUAUGCCGGUGUCCUCAAACGACCCCCACCCACUUCUAAAAAAGAGACUGUAACCUCCAAAUCUAAACCCUUCACUCUGCGUCGACUAGGUGCAAAGUACAAACUCCCCUCAUCUGAAGGCACACCACCAAUCUCCUCCUCUACCUCCUCCUCCAGCCAGGAGGGGACACCCAAAUUGGGUGUACUGCAGAGACUAGGCAAGGUCCCGUCAUUCAACCCUACCUUCUCGACCCCACUAGUCAGUCAGCCUGCAGACACCCAGGACAGUCGCGUUACGAGUAGCAGAAGCAAAGCCCAGGGCAGCUUUGCUCUGGCCAGCUCUAAGGUCAGUAGUAGCACCGGUGACACUCACGGGGCUCGGAUGGACGCUGGGGCAGUCAGUGUAUUCAAGAGACUGGGUGCCCGGAAAACCUAAUGCCCAAAAAACUGAAAGGGCACCCCUUUUUUUAUCCAGCUUGCCCCUUUUAUAA